AUGCUUCAAUAUGGUUCAACAUCUCAUCGUCAUGGAAUGUUCUUCACCCUGAAACUUAUAUCCCAUCCCUCCAUUUUCAUUACAUCUCCUAGAUCCCAUUUCACCAAUUUGUCCCUAGCCACCAACUUCACUACAUCUCCUAGGUCCCAUGCCACCAACUUCACUACAUCUCCCAGGUCCCAUGCCACCAACUUCACUACGCCCCUAGGUCCCAUGCCACCAACUUCACUACAUCUCCUAGGUCCCAUGCCACCAACUUCACUACGCCCCCUAGGUCCCAUGCCACCAACUUCACUACAUUCCCUAGGUCCCAUGCCACCAACUUCACUACGUCCCCUAGGUCCCAUGCCACCAACUUCACUACAUUCCCUAGGUCCCAUGCCACCAACUUCACUUCGUCCCCUAGGUCCCAUGCCACCAACUUCACUACAUUCCCUAGGUCCCAUGCUACCAACUUCACUACGCCCCCUAGGUCCUAUGCCACCAACUUCACUACAUUCCCUAGGUCCCAUGCCACCAACUUCACUACGUCCCCUAGGUCCCAUGCCACCAACUUCACUACGCCCCCUAGGUCCUAUGCCACCAACUUCACUACAUUCCCUAGGUCCCAUGCUACCAACUUCACUACGUCCCCUAGGUCCCAUGCCACCAACUUCACUACAUUCCCAAGGUCCCAUGCCACCAACUUCACUACGCCCCCUAGGUCCUAUGCCACCAACUUCACUACAUUCCCUAGGUCCCUAG